AAGUGUCGGUCCAUUAGCUCGGCAUGGAGAAUCUCGGACUCCAUGCACGGUGCCCAGUGCAAGAGCAGCGUGCCCGCUGGGAGCGGAAACGCGCCUGCACCGUCCGGGAACUGCUGGAGACUGAGCAGCGCUACCAGGAACAGCUGGGUCUUGUGGCCACGUACUUCUUGGGGAUCCUGAAAGCCAAGGGGACCCUGCGACCACCAGAGCGCCAGGCCCUAUUUGGGUCCUGGGAGCUCAUCUACGAUGCUAGCCAACAGCUGCUUCCCUACCUGGAGGGAGGAUACUGGGGCCCUGGGCUGGAGGGCUUCUGCCGCCACCUGGAGCUCUACACCCAAUUUGCUGCCAACGCAGAUCGGUCCCAGGCCACCCUGCAGGAGCAACUAAAGAAAAACAAAUGUUUCCGGAGGUUCGUUAGGCUUCAGGAAAGCCGCCCUGAGUUUAGGGGCCUUCAGCUCCAGGACCUGCUCUCUCUGCCUCUGCAGCGGCUCCAGCAGUAUGAGAAUCUCGUCGUUGCUUUGGCUGAAAACACAGGUCCUAACAGCCCUGAUUACAAGCAGCUCACACGGGCUGCCCGGCUGAUAAGUGAGACGGCCCAGAGAGUACACACCAUUGAUCAGAAACAGAAGAAUGACCAGCACCUCCGCCGGGUCCAGGCUCUGCUCAGUGGACGCCAGGCAAAGGGGCUUACUUCAGGGCGCUGGUUCCUACGCCAGGGCUGGCUACUGGUGGUGCCUCCCCAUGGGGAGCCUCGGCCCCGCAUGUUCUUUCUCUUCUCUGAUGCGCUCCUCAUGGCCAAGCCGCGACCUCCAUUGCACCUGCUGCAGAGUGGCACCUUUGCCUGCAAGGCCCUCUACCCCAUGGCCCAAUGUCAACUCCACAAAGUGUUUGGCCACUCAGGAGGUCCUUGUGGUGGAUUGCUCAGUCUGUCCUUCCCUCAUGAGAAGCUACUGCUCAUGUCCACAGACCAGGAGGAGUUGUCAUGCUGGUACCACAGUCUGACUUUGGCUAUCAGCAGCCAGAAGAACUAGCGGAAUCUUACAAAUUCCAGAACUCAAGAUACUUCAGGGAUAAUAGAUCAGAGCCAGGGAUACAGAGGAACCUUCUUCAGCACUAAACAAAAUACAGGACCCUUCAUGGUUUGACAUAGGUCAUUUUGUAUUU